AAAAUAGAAAUCAUUUGUCUUGUCUUGCUUGUCAUUUUGCUGAUUUUCGAAAAAUAUUACUAGGAGAAAAUAUUUUGUUAGGGCUUGAUUACCUACCAUAGCAUAAUUUUUGAUGGAUGUUUACAUUCCUGAAAUAAAGCGUUUGUGUUCGGGUUAUUUUAUUAAAUAAAACUUUGUGUUAAUGUAAGCUAUGUAUUCAUUUGAAGGAGACUUCAGGCGAAAGCCUAAACAGAACUUAUCAGGUGCCAGCGCCCAACGAAAGACAGACAGAGAGGCCUUGAUUUUGCAGACUCAGCAACAAAGACAAAAACGAGAGGAGGUCAGACGGCGUCUCAACAGUACCAUUAAAAUCCAAGCAUAUGUUAGAAGCUACCUCACCAGAAAACAUUGCAAGCAACAUGAGCGGGAACUGUUUGAUAGCAUGUUUGUUGUAGUCAACGGGGAUGACCAAGUGGUCUUGUCAACUUUGAUUGCCAAGUUACUAUUUUUCUAUAAUGACAAACAGGAUUUUUCUAGAUUGGUUGCUGUCUCACAAUUAUUAUUGAAACAAUGGAAAAGUCUCUUCAAAAGUUGUGGUUCUUGCAUCCUGAUUAGAAGGCUCCUCUCAUUGCAUUUAAGAUUGUUGAAAAGGGAGUCUGAGGUUCCUCUUGCAGUGCCUCUGAGAAUGUUUGAAGUAUUCACGUCUCUUGCGUCUGCAGAAUCAGCAAUGACAUGUGAUGAAGCUGUGAAUGCUAUAGGCAACACAUUUUUAUACCUUGUUAAAAGAGGCUACUUUAAGGACUUAUGUGAAUUGUUGUGUCAAAAAACACCACCAUUGUAUGGACCAUCCCCUAACCCACCUACUCCGCUCAGUGGAGCCCUACUUGACCUUAUUCAAAGACCAAUCAACUUAGCUACUCACACCAGUCUAUCAGGAUAUGAUGACACUAUAAUGUCUGAAUUUGCUUCAGCAUUUUUGUGUAAUCCAUAUCCGGAGCCUGUGGAAAUGUACAUAAUACCCUCUCUCUCAGACCGCGCCAACCACAAAUUUCCUUUUCUAUCUCUUGUUCAAUGCUUACGGGAUAAAAACAAGUUUUCAAGUAAAGUUUUAGCAAACGACUCUUGGUUAUUACAUUCUGUUCUAUCACUGGAACCUCCAGACUGGGUCAGCCGUAUACGGAAUCUGGACAAUACAAGACUGCCAAACAAUCCUAUUGUUUUAGAUUACCUUAAACUAAUAGCUAAAUUAACUGUAAAUGUAUGUAACAAACAAAUAACAUAUGAGUACGAAGAUUCCCUCUAUAGUCAAGAGACAGCGGCGGACAAGGAUGACGAUAGUGACAGUGAGACUGAAGUUAAUCCUACAUCUGUGAGGGAACAAACUUUGCUCACUCGUUGUAUAGAGCUUCUCAAUGAGCCGGACCGUUGUGUGAUGGUCACAUGUACACAGAUUACUGAGAUCGAUCUCAGUGAUGAGUUCCUAGACUGUGUUUCUGAAAUAUGUCACAAUUUGUUGCUCAGUCACAGGAUGGCUUUACACAAAUAUAGAUUGCUAUACACCCUAGCAUUUAAGCCGAUUUUCCUGCGUGGUUUAUGGCGUUGGCUGAGCAGUAUGAGCCACGAGUCUUCUUUUGGCGGCUCGGCCACGCCGCUCCUCUCCGCUUUAUCUCGAGGCUUAGGCGCCGACUCAGCAGUUUUAGGCCUGAAUCGACUGUUGGCCCCACUGGCUGUGUUCUGCGCGCUGUUUUCUUUGCUCAUUGGCACGCUACACGAUACGGAGUUCUGUCGGGACGCUGAGGACGAUGAAAGUAUGAGUUUGGGUCCGAUGUCAUCCGAAUCAAGUUCGGGCGGGGGUCGCGUCCACGCGUUUUCUUUCACCGAACUCGGUGGUCUUUGUCUGACGUUGAGACACGUGUGCCUGGGGCUGGUGGAGCUGGCGUACCCGGACACGAGGGGGGUGCUGUCGUCCUACCGUGACGCGGUCACUGACCCCGCCCACAACCACAGCCCCAACACCUAUACUGCCGCCUGGUCGCAUCUGUUCAAGGUUUGUACCCAACUACUCCGCUUGCUGUACGCGCGCGACAGCCGCCUUCAGUUCAUCGGGCCGGAGGCGUGGCCGGCGCCCGGGGCCGUGCCGGAAGGGGGCGCCGCUGUACUGCUUGUAGCGGGAACCACACAGCGGGCACAUCCCAGGCAAGCGAGGCCCUUGUCUGCCUUGGCUAGAGAUACUGAGGAAGGCCCGCCGCUUACAAUAAAGGAACUCAGAACAGUCACAAUCCUGCGAGAGAUACCGUUCUUGGUGCCUUUUUCAACGAGAGUUUUAAUAUUCCAAGGACUACUCAUUAGGGAAAAACAUGAUCAUUGGUAUGAAAUGAGCAACUUCAACGAAGGCCCGUCAAUAAAUAUCAGUGUGCGGCGCACGCAUUUAUACGAGGAUGCAUUUGAUAAACUUAGCCCUAGCAAUGAACCGGAUAUGAAGCUGAAGCUGCGCGUGCAGCUCAUCAACCAGGCGGGCGCCGAGGAGGCGGGCGUCGACGGCGGCGGGCUGUUCCGGGAGUUCCUCUCCGAACUCCUCAAAUCUGCCUUCGACCCCAACCGGGGUUUAUUUAGAUUAACGAAAGACAACAUGCUGUAUCCCAACCCUGGCGUCAACUUGUUGUACGAUGACUUCACAAUGCAUUAUUACUUCGUUGGACGAAUGUUGGGGAAGGCGCUAUACGAAAACCUUCUCGUGGAGCUGCCUCUGGCAGAGUUCUUCCUGAGCAAGCUGUGCUCGACGCGGGAGCCGGACGUGCACGCGCUGGCGUCGCUGGACCCCGCGCUGUACCGCGGGCUGCUGCUGCUGAAGGCGCAUCGUCGUGUGGAUGUGCCCGACCUGGGGCUCGACUUCACGCUCGUCAGCGUCGAGCUGGGGGAGCAGCGGAUAGAGGAAUUGAAACCCGGUGGUGCCAAUAUUCCCGUCACAGCUGAAAAUAGAAUAGAGUACAUACAUCUAGUCGCAGAUUAUAAAUUAAACAGGCAAAUAAGGUUACAAUGCAACGCGUUCAAACGCGGGCUAACAUCAGUUGUGAACGCGGAAUGGCUGCGGAUGUUCUCGUGUCGGGAGCUGCAGCUGGUCAUCUCCGGCGCCGAGGUGGCCAUCGACCUCGACGACCUCCGCAGGCACACACAGUACACAGGUGGUUUCUCGGACAAUCACCCGACGGUGCAAUGUUUCUGGAAGGCGGUGGAGAACUUUACGGACGACCAGAGAAGGCAACUUCUCAAGUUCGUCACUAGUUGCUCCCGACCACCUCUGUUGGGAUUCAAGGAUCUGCAGCCGCCAUUCUGCAUCCAGUCGGCGGGCGCGUCGGACCGGCUGCCGUCCUCCUCGACCUGCAUGAACCUGCUCAAGCUGCCCGAGUUCCACUCCGAGGCCGUGUUGGCUGAGAAGUUGCUCUACGCCAUACAGUCCGGCGCCGGCUUCGAACUCAGCUAGGAGAUAUUUCGCUGGCAAGACCGGUGUUUAUUACGAUGGAGGUACAUAUAUAUUAUUAUUAUUAUAUAUUAUUAUUUCCCUGCAAUAUUAUCAUGAUAAUAUUAUAAAUCUCAUUGUGAUAAUAUAUUAGUACUUAUACAUAGUAUUUAAUGUUGUAAAUGUUACCUACCUGCUGUUUGAAUCGACGUUUGUAUAAUACUACUUUCUUUAACUAUUUUGAGUAUCGCUAUGAAAUCUAUUUAUUUUCUCUAUACAUUUCUUAUUAUAAACCCUGUGAACUACAAAAAUAUUUAUUUUAUAUUAGCGUUAUGGUUGUUGUUUAUAGGGCAUGUAAAUAAAACUAGAGAAACAUUCGAAUUUAUAUAUAAUACUUACGACACAGAUAUAUGGAAUUGUAUGAAAAGAUAUAUUUUUUGUUCAAUUGAACAUUGAACUUGUAUGUAUAUGAAGAUUGGACAAUUUUGAAUGCGGCUCGUCGCAUUGUGAAUCAUCGCGCAUGAUUACCGAUCUGUGUAAUGCGAUUUUAUAUUUUAGUACCUAUACAAUAAAGUUGUCAACUCCCUG